AUGGAAAUUAAUCAUAAUCAAACUUCUUUACAACAACAACAACAACAACAAAAUGCAAAUAUAAAUUCGAACCCUCAAUCUAAUAUAGAAACAGGUGUAUCAAAUGGUGAUGUUGAUUGGUUAUUUAGAGGAAAAUCUAAAAAAUUAGCAAAAAAGCAAACAUGUAAUCCUACAACUAAUAAUAAUAUAGGGUUAAAUGGGAAUAAUAAUCAAUCAAAUAAUGCAUUAAAUAAUUCAAAAAGUAAUGGAAGUAGUAAUGAACUAUCUAAUGGGAAUUCAAAUGAAACAAUUAAAAAUCAAGAUAUCAACGGAAAAUCACAUAAUAUACCCAAAUCUCAAUCACAAACUCAACAAUUACCUCCACAAGUACAAAAUCAAACCCAAGAACAAUUGCAACAACUGCGACCCACAACCGAUAUUCAGGAUGCCUCACCCAAGCAACCAGAAAAGUCAUCAAAAUUGGAUAGAUUAAUUGGUCGCUCAAGAUCUUCAUCAGCUUCAAAAGUUAUACCUCAGCAACUGCAACAACACCCAUCACCACAACAACAACAACAAUCAGCAAAGAGACGUACUAGUAGUUUUAAUUUUAUUGCACCUUCACUAACAAGUGAUUUAGUAUAUAAUGAUCAUGAUGAAGUUCUUUUAUCACAAAAAUCAAAUGCAACAACUCCAAAUACUUCUUCAGCAUCAUCACCAAAUAUAUCUAGAUCAAAUAGUAAAAAAGGAUUAUUUAGUUCAUUAACUUCAAAAUUCAAAUCACCACAACAACCUUCACAACCUCAGCAGCAGCAGCAACAACAUCAACAACAACAAGUACCGGCAUCACCAAAAUUAAACCCAAACUUAAUUGGUUCAGCAUCAAACCCAAAUAGAGAUGAGGAUUUCUCACAAAUUGAUAAACCACCAGCUGGGAUCCCAAUACGUCGAAGAACUUCAAGUUCUCAAAAAGGUACAAGUGGUGGUAUAUUCAAAGAAUCAUAUCAAGAUGAAAAUCCAAUAAGUGUGUCACCAAAUGAUAGUUUAAAUUUCUUUAGAAGAAAAUCAUCAACUACAAAACUCAAUAAUUUUGCAAUGACUUCGACACCUAGAGUGAUACUAAAUAAGAACAAGGAUAGAAUAAAAUUGCCGUUACGAGAUCUAAAAGAUGUUAAAAUUCAAAGAGUUACUUUUGCAAUAGAUAAAUUAGAAUAUGAUCCACAACAACAAAUUCCAUCAAGAAGACCUAAAAAGGGAAAUGUCUUAAUACCACAAGAUUUAAAUGCUCCACCACCAAGAGUAUGUUUAGGUAUAGCAGUAAGUUCAGAUAAAGAUGGAAAUGAAAAAUCUAUCAAUUCAUCACAAUAUAGUGAAAAAGAAAUAUCAUUAGCUUAUGAAGCACAAAAAAGAGCUUUAGUAGAAACUGAAAAACAUCAAUAUGAAGCUCAUUUACAAGCUAAAAGAAUUGCUUCUGAAGUUGCAAAUUUUAAAGCUUUAAAAAAUAAACAAACUACAAAAGAAAAUGAAGUUGUUGAACAACAAGAAGAAGAAGCUGAUAUUGAUUCAAAAGUUUCUAAGAAAUUUAUAAAUGAUGCAACUAUUGAUCAACCAUUACAUGUACAUGAACAACAUUUUGAAGAUGAAGAAAAUUUUUCAGAUAAGGGAUAUCCAUCAUUAGAAACUAUAUAUACUAGAUGUUGUCAUUUAAGAGAAAUAUUACCUAUCCCAGCUACUUUAAAGCAAUUAAAAAAUAAAACAGCACCAUUAGAAGUCUUAAAAAUGUUGAAUCCAAAACCUACAUUAAUUGAUAUUUUAUCAUUCUCAGAUUUUAUUGCAAUAACUCCAAUCAAUACAGUUAUAUUUGAUAAUGUAACAAUGACUACAGAAAUGUUGAAAAUUAUUUUAGGAUCAUUAAUUAAAAGUAAUACGUUGGAAAAAUUAUCAUUAAGAAAUGUUGCAAUUGAUCAUCAAGGCUGGAAAUUAUUAUGUACAUUUUUAGCAGUCAAUAAAACGGUUAAAAAAUUAGAUAUAUCACAACAACGUAUAAAAUCAGAAACUAGUCCAACUUGUAUUCGUGGAAAUUUAAAUUGGGAUUUAAUAAUAGAAUCAUUAAGUUAUAGAGGUGGAAUUGAAGAAUUAGUUAUAAAUGGUUGUAAAUUAACUGAUGAUGUAUUUAAUAGACUUAUAGCAAAAGCUGUUAAAUUUGGAACAAGAAGAUUAGGAGUUGCUAAUAUAGAAAUGAAUAUGACAAAAGCUCAAAUUGUUGCUGAUUAUGUAAUUGAUCCUGAAUCAAAUUGUGUUGGGAUAGAUAUUGCAUUUAAUGAUUUAAGUCAUGGACAAUUAAGACCAUUUAUACAAGCUUUCAAUCAUGGUGAAGCAAAAUUAAUGUUUUUAUCUGUUAAUUCAACAAAUUUAUGUGAUGUUGAAGAAGCUUCUGAAUUUUUAAGGAGUUUAAUUAGUGUUAAAACUUUAAGAUUUUUAGAUUUAAGUUCAAUUCCCAAAAUUUUUCCAGAAAUUAUAUCUUCAUUAGAUGAAUAUUUACCACAAUAUAAUAAUUUAAGGAGAUUACAUUUAGAUCUCAAUGAAUUAACAGCAAAGGGGAUAGGUUCAAUUGCACUGUUUUUAUCAAAAGUUCCUCAUUUGGUUCACUUAUCAUUAUUAGGUAACAAAAACUUGACCCAUUCAGUAGCUGCAACAUUAUAUUCAGCAGUCAAACAAUCAACAACAUUAUUUGCAUUAGAUUUAGAUUAUGAUUUAAUUGGUGAUGAAAUUUCUCAACGUAUUGCUUUCUAUUUGAUGAGAAAUAUGGAUCAAUCUUUAAAUUCUCAAUAUCCAUCUGAAUUUAAUGAUAAUGCAAAAGAAGAAGAUUUAAUGUUUGAUGGUUCUUUGUUGAUGGAGUCAGCUGAGAAAUUGUUGAGUGAAGUUGAUCAAAAUGAUAAACUCAUUGAUUUGAAAAUACAUAAAAUUAUAUCUAAUGCAAUGUUGGAAAAGACGAAGAGCAUAAGAAAGGAAAUUCAUACUACCAUUGAUGGAUUAUUUGCUAAACGAUCAAAUGGUCAAUUAUCAUUUGAAGGUAAAGAGAAUCUUGUUAGAUUUUGUUUAUUAGAUUCAACUUUGGAAAAAUUAGUUCAAAUGUUAGAAUCAAUCGAAAAUCAUCAACAACCACCACAAGAAGAAGAAAAUGUUAACAACCACAGCCGAAACGUACACCAUCACGAUGAUACAUUACAUCAAAGCUCCAAUGAAUUAAUCACAGCAGGUCCAAUCUUAUCACCAAGAUCAUCAUCCAUAUAUCAACCAUUAACUUCAUAUUUCCCACAAGGUAAUGACACCAAUAAUUUAUUACAACCACACCAAGUUGUAGUUGAAGCCAAUUCCGAAGGUCGUGAUAUUAUAAUUGAUAAAUUAACUGGUAGACCAGUAUUAAUGAAAUCUAAAUCUCAAUCUAGUUUACAUGCAAAAGAACAAGAAAUAGAAGAAGGUGAAUUUCAUAAAUUUGGAUUUUUUAUGCAACUGAGAAAUGAUGAAGAAUUGAAUAAAAAAGAUUUCCCAUUGUUAAAUACAUUACCAUCAGGUUCAGAAUUAAGAGAUGCAAUAAUAGCAGCAAAGGGAAUAGAAAAUGUAAAUGACCUAAUAGAUAAAAUCAAUCAUAAGAAUCAACCACCACCUCCACAAGAAUCACCACCUAAAAUUUCAACAUCUCCAGCAACCAAUUACAAAUCACCUACAAAUGAUGAAUUAAUAAGUGAAACAGGAUCGAUUGAGUCUGAAAACAGUCAACCCAAUGCAAUGGUUGAUGAAGUUUAUGAUAAAUUAUUAAAUUAUGCUGAAAAGACAAGAUCUAAUAAAUUAGAAUAA